GUCACAAAGAUUCAGGAAGGCAUCUUGUUGCAUUCUGAAGUUUAAGUACCACUCAGUCUCCCCAAAAUUUUGGAGGAUCUCUGUGUCCCAAAAGGCAUUUGAACGCUCCUUAUUUACACUUGGUGUUGUAGUCAUGCUGUACACUGUAGAAAAGUUACAAAGUUAAAACAAUCAAUUGAUUUGGGUGAUGAAAAGUGAUGUUUGAAAUUUUACUGUAACAGUUACAUAAAAAAAGUUACAUUUAAAAUUAUUACAUGAAUAAAACAUGUAAUUUAUUAACUUAAUUUUAACUAAUCAACAAAUCCUGCUAUAGCAACCUACGUGUUUUAUAUAACUUGUUGCUUAUAAUAAACCAAUAGAAAUAAAGAAAUCAUGAUUAAUAACAAUAUAUUUUCUUCAUUAACUAACAUUACUAUUCCGGAGUUGAACAAAAUAAGGUUCAGUUUCUUACCUGAUACUGAUAUUACAGUGGCCAGUCUUAACAGUGUACGAGAUUUGGCUCGUCUUGAUUUAUUUUUUAUAUUCCGCCGAAUGGAGUAAAUAUACAUGUCUGAAUGAAUGGAAAUGCAGGAAGUACAAUAUACGCGUGUUAGUAAGACCUUACGGCAGAUCACGUUGGCCAAAACACGAAAUGAACCGCGUUUUCAAAAGAUAUUGCGGGCAAACACAGACAUUUGCAUUUGGACAGGAUUACAUUUCUCAGAGGACCUCUGAGUUCGGCAAAAAACAGUAGGUAAAUUGCUCUGGAAUUCUUACGGAGGUCGUCAGAGAAAAACACAGACAUGGCCGAUUCGGACGGGGUUAAAAACACAGAGGACCUCUGAGAAGCACGAUUUUCUCAGAGGUCCCCCUGUAAUACUAAUCCCGUCCGAAUAGGGCUUUACUUGUGACUUGCACAUGUGUGACUUACUCCCACCUCUGCGAUUUUCCGCACAUUCACUCUCUCAUUCAUACACAGACAGCGGUGUUAGCCAUGCAAGGCGCCAUCCAGGUCUUCGGGAGUAGCUGGGGUUAGAUGUCUUGCUCAAGGACACCUCGACACUUGGUCAUGUGGAGCCGGGCAUUGAACCACCAACCUUCCGGUUUGUAGACAACCUAUAUGAACCACUGAGCCACCCCUUACGAAAAUUAACCAUGGUUACAUUGUGGUAAAAGUGUAGUAACCAUGUUUUUUUGGUGUAUUGAUUACUAGGGCUGCAGCUAUCGAUUCUUUUUGUAAUCGAUUAAUCUAGCACUGAAUCGAUCGAUUAAUCGAGUAAUCGGAUAAAAAUUUUGUGUGUGUUUUUAAACAACCAAAACAAAUAAUGCAUAACGAAAAUGACGUGGCUGUAAAAUGUUCAAGCAUUUGGCUUUUAUUUCUAAAAAAAAACAGAGGUAUUUGGCUCCAAAAAAUAAGCCUAUUUAUUUCAAUUUUUACCCAUUUAGUGUUUAUAAGUGCCAGUGCCAACAAUUAACCCUUUAAUUUAUUAAUAUGCACAACAGGUUUCAUGCUGUAAUCUAGCCCUGACAUCAAAGUAAAUAUCUGGUUUAUGUACAUUUCUACACCUGCAGCAUUUACCGUUAGGCUACUAACAUAUAAUAUAUCAUUUCUGGGGUGAGCCUAUUUGCUAUGGUAACCACCUGUGUGUGUGCGCGCGUGCACCUGUGUUUGUGUGUGUGCACGCAUUCUGUGCGUGAGGAAGAGUGACACCCCAGUCAGACGUUCAGUUGCUUCAUUGCAUUUUGGUACGGCAGAAAUACAUAAUUCAUUUUCAAUAGAACGCUGCAUUAGGUUUGCAUCACUUGCAUUGCGGUGCAUUUUAGGUUAAGAAUCCGUUCGAAAAAUCACAACCGCUGUAUACAGUGAAUGCAUGCUGAAAUUAUUGUUGCGUGGCUACAUAAAAGUUUAAGCAUAUGUGAUGCAUUGCGCGAUCGGUCUGACUCGCGUGAGAGAGAAUAACUUCCUUAUGCUAAACUCCAAUAAGACAGAGAUUAUUAUUAUUGAACAAAAUAUGUCAGAUUACAAGUUGCCCAUAUAUGAUUGCACUGUGGUGCCGUUUUUUGGUACACACACCUGUAAAGUGCAUGCGUGUGUGAAGGGGUUCUUUUUUAAGCUAUACUCUCCUGCAAUUGAACGUGAAUACGUUUACUACUUAAAAACAUCAAAGCUAAACAUCAUAUCUAGUCAAACCGCAUAACGACAUCGCUACAAAUACAGUAUGGGAUUAAAAUCAGCGGAAGCUACGUUACCUUGUUUCAUCGACGCUUGGUGAAACAACAGUGGAUGUUUUCGGUUCAGAUGCUGAAUGUAAUAAUAAGAAUGUAAUGAUCCCAAACUUUAGACAUUCUCUCUCUGCCGUUUAUGGACAUAUUCGCUCCGCCAUCGCGCCAACUAAAUUCAAAAUGUACCACGCGCUAUGAUGUGCUUCCUGAACAUUGAACAACGGUCCGUGUGAAUCAGAUCUCGGCGCGUGUAGUGCGCGUCAUAGGAAUUUAACGAGGCUUCGAGGCAGAAUUUUUGCCUCAAGGAAUUUUUUUAAUCGAGUAAAUCGAGUAACUCGAUGAAUCGUUUCAGCCCUAUUGAUUACUAUCAGCAAAACCAUGGUUUUACUACACUAACUAUGGUUUAACUAUGUUUUUUGAAAACCAUGAUUGUCAAAACCAUGGUUAUUUUGUAGUUACUAUGGUUUUACUACAGUAACCAUGUUUUUUUGGUUUUAACUGUAGUAAAACCAUGGUUAAUUUUCGUAAGGGACUGCCAUUUCGCUUAAGUUUUCAUAAAGGAAACUUAAGUGAAAUUAAAUCACUUUUUAAUCGUACUCUUUAACCGACAUCAACAGUCCCGAUAAUGACUGUCUUGGCGCCUCUUCUUCGAUUUUCUAUGUGAUUUUUCCUAGCUUCUCUGUGAACUACGGCUCUUAGAAGUUAAACCAGUUCAGCUAAUAAAACCAUACAUAAACAUUUCUAAUAUGCAUAAUAUUCAAAAUAGUACAAAAAGUAUUAAAAUUCUAUGAUGUAAAAAAAUUCCACAAGCCAUCCAUCAUCAUUUGCAUUUUAACAGAACAUUUUGUUUUGCAUGUAGUUAUUCUUUGUAAACUGAAUAAUUUGAGCCUGUGAAUGAAGAUGAAGUUGAACUUGUGAACAUAACAUAACAUAAAACAUCUAAAACAAUGUCAUUUUUGCAUUCAAAUGUCAUAAUUGAAUGAAUGACACUUAACGACAGUUGUCGUAAACAUGCAUAAAAUCUUUUUCAUGUUCAUAGCACGUGUCAUGUCAUUAUUAUGAAUGUGUCAUGUUAGUCUUAUGAACACCCCUUCAAGUAAAGUGUUACCAUAUAUUAAAUACCUUAAAAAUUAAUAAGAAUUUAGAAAUUUAAUAAUGAAAAGGAAGCAGCUGGUUCUCGAUGGCCAGACAUUGGCUGGGUAACACGAUGAUGGGAGGCAAGUAGAGCAGUGGUGUGAUGAGCAUUAUAGCAGCUGGAACUGGGUCUGUUAUAAUUCUCAGUCUCAGUGUCCUCAUAUAAUUCAUAUAACUACCAGACCCUCGCUCAACAAGUAAACAACGCACCAGAGUGACUGUUAAACUAUCCCAAACUGCAUUUUUUAACCCAGAUGCAUAAACAGACCUCUGGUGAUUAUAGCAACCUAUGACAGAGCAUCAAUAUAAGGCUGGUUUACAACUCAAAGGAAUGUGGGGAGAUUCACUCUCUCUUCAUCCACUUCGCAACAGAAUUUUUGUGUAUAAUGGUAAUAUUCCUAAUCUUCUCAUGUUUAUGUUAUCGUAGUUUUAUUGGUAUAUUGACACAAAAUAGUUUAGAUGAAUGUUUUAGAAUUACUCAAUUAAUACCAUAUGUAGACUAUUUUUUGAUAUCCUAGAUGCAUUGUGUUUUGGCAACUCAUAUUAAUAUAAGAAGACUUUUUAAAGUUUCCACCUUAACAUCCAAUCAAAUUUCAUAUGCAAAACAGCAUGUUGAAAGACAAAGAGCGUUCCGUCUGAAAGUACAACCUGUGAUUAGGAUUUAGGUUGUGACAUACUUACAGUUUAUAGACCACUGCCUUUUCCUUAUACUUAUGCAUUACUUGAGUUUCUUUCUUGGAGGACUUUCAUCAAGAUGAGGAUGCUGAACUAGAAGUCUACAGUAGACCCCUAAGCUUUCCAUUAAACAAGGAUCAUCUGCAUCAAACUGAUCAUAUAUUUGGUAUCCAUAUCAACUGGAAAGGACCAGUAAAUGAAAAACUAAAUACACUUUUAAAAAUUAAAGAGUUUAGUGCACCCUCAACUGCUAUAAACUUACAAAGGUCUGGACACCAUUUGAAACUGAAGGUAUGAGUAGAGCAGAAAGACAGAUAGAGGAGAGAGGAUACUGGGGGAGUAAAGCAGAGUUUCUUCUGGCUGUAGCAGGAAAUGUAGUUGGUCUUGGUAACGUCUGGAGGUUUCCAUACCUCUGCUACAAAUACGGAGGAGGUGCGUUUCUGAUACCCUACCUUGUGUUUGUGGUUACCUGUGGGGUUCCUCUGUUCCUACUAGAGACGGCAAUGGGACAGUACACAAGGGAAGGUGCCAUUACAUGUUGGCAUCGCCUCUGUCCUCUGGCUGUAGGUAUUGGUUAUGCAGGCCAGCUGAUUCUGCUGUACAGCUGCAUCUGUUACAUCAUCAUUCUGGCCUGGGCACUUUUCUACCUCCUCUUCUCUUUCAGUUCUCAACUGCCAUGGGCCAGCUGUAACAACACCUGGAAUACAGAUGACUGUGUAAAUCUUGUUGCAAAGAAUUUGACUCUCAACCACACAACACAAACGAAUUCAACGUCUGCAGCUACUGAAUUCUGGGAACGCAGAGUGCUGUCUCUCUCUGGUGGUAUUGAACAGAUGGGUAAAAUCAACUGGGAGAUUCUUCUGUGUCUCAUUGCAAUGUUGAUCGUAUGUUAUUUCUGUAUCUGGAAAGGAGUCAAAUCAACAGGCAAGGUGGUGUAUUUUACAGCCACAUUUCCUUAUGUGAUGUUACUGGUGUUGUUGAUUCGUGGGUUGACUCUUCCUGGAGCCCUACAGGGGAUUAAGUUUUACCUGUACCCUGACCUGUCCCGUCUCUAUGACCCACAGGUUUGGAUGGAGGCUGGAGCUCAGAUCUUUUUCUCCUACAGUUUGUCUCUUGGCACUCUCACUGUAUUAGGCAGCUACAAUAAAUACAACAAUAACUGCUACAGGGACAGUUUUUGGCUUUGUCUACUGAACAGUCUUACUAGUUUUGUGGCUGGUUUUGCUGUGUUCUCAGUCCUGGGCUUCAUGGCCCAUCAGCAAAGCGUACCCAUUGAUAAGGUGGCAGAAUCAGGUCCAGGUCUAGCAUUUAUAGCUUAUCCACAGGCAGUAGCUAUGAUGCCUCUUCCCCAGUUGUGGGCUGUAUGUUUCUUCAUCAUGAUUAUUUUACUGGGUCUAGAUACACAGUUUGUAGGAAUGGAGGUGGUAAUGACGUCAAUGAUGGACCUGUUCCCUAUGAAGCUGCGCAAAACUGGAUACAGAGAAAUGUUUCUCCUCAUCUUCUGUCUCAUAUGCUUCUUGGGCCAACUUAUCAUGGUUACAGAGGGGGGAAUGUAUGUAUUCCAGUUGUUGGACUACUAUGCCUGCAAUGGGGCCUGUGUUCUUUUCCUGUCUAUAUUUAAGUCUGUGGCCAUGGGUUGGAUAUUCGGUGCUGAGAAAAUGUUUGAUAUCAUUGAAGACAUGACAAAGACACGACCCAACUACAUAUUCAUGCUGUGCUGGAAAUACCUGACUCCUCUUGUGACCCUGGUGUCUCUUGUCUGUUCUCUGGUGCAGUACCAGCCCCUGACAUAUAACCGCUGGUAUGUGUACCCGGACUGGACAUAUGCACUUGGCUGGUUACUGGCACUGUCCUCCAUUCUGCUAAUCCCUGUAUGGGCACUGGGUCAACUGUUUGCUGGAAAAGGGAGCCUGAAACAGCGUUGGCAUUACCUGUGUAGUCCUGACAAGAACCUCCGACUCACCUGUAAGCAACAAGCUGAAAUACAGAAAAUAAUGAGCACUGCAGAUACUGAAGAUUUAUUUAGGAAUAACAUAGAAGAACAUGUCAAUACACUUUGAAAUAAAAAAUAAAAUUUCCACCUUUUUCCAGUGCAGGUGAAUUUUGCAUCUGCUGCAUGUAUUUCUUUCCGUCAUCUGAUGGAGUGUUGGAUCUCUUUAUGUUCAGUGUUUCUUAACAAAUAUUUUAAGUGAACCAUUCACUAUCAUGCCCUGAAUCUGUUUCUCACUGACUGUUUUUUAUUCAGCUCAUUCCUCGGUGAACAGCAAACUUCCACUGCUAAAAAAACAAAAAUAAAAGGAUCAUUCUACAGAAAUAUCAAUUUUUGCGAUGGCAAGAUGUCUUAAAAUGUACUACUUUUACUAAAAAUUAAAUUCAAAACCACAUUAUUAGAUUACCCUUUGACCCUUUUAUAAAUAAACAUGAAUGAAAGCUUAAUUUUUUUCCUUUAUGUGCUUUAUCUAAAGACUGCAUGUACCAUUUGUUUCACUUCCUUUUACUUCUUUGGGAAUAUUAAAGGUUUUAUGUAUUUUUUUCAGCAGGCAGUCAGAGUUACAGCGUGUCAAAAAGUAUGAUAAUGCAACAAAUAAGGAGAUAAUGCUUUGUUUAUUUUAAUCAAGAUUUGUUAAAAGUGUGAUUGAAUUAUGUUGGUUCAUAUGUUGGCUUAUUUGCCAAGCCAUGUAUUUGCUAGACUAAAAUGAAUGUAAGAGCUGUCCAAACUGAAAAUAACUUGCACUGACAUGUCUUAAAAUACUUAGUUUUGCCUCAAAAUGCACACCAAUAUUUUUAGUAAGGCAUGUUUGUUAAAACUAGUUAUAUUUCCUAAUUAAACUAAGGCCUAGUCCUGGCUUAAGCCCUAUUAUAAGUGUUCAAGAUCAGGCUAUGGUCAGCGAACACUGCGGCUGAAUCUCACGUCUGGAUCUCACGCCUGAAUUUUUCUAAGCAAAUGUUCAAAUAAGUGCAAUCUUUCCUAAUCAACUGUAGAUUUGAAUAUUAUACAUAUAUAUUCUCACCUAAACUAAUCUUAAAACUACUUUUUGUAACCAAGAAUUGGCAAUAUUGAGAAACAGCUAUUCCAUCUAUUGAGUUAUUAUGACUUUCAAAACAAACAGCAGAAAGGGUUACCUGUCAUUCUGGGCCUUCAAAUCCGGGGCCGAAAAAAGUAGUUCCCCAACAAAGUGGCUUUUAAAAUCACUCUGUUGUUAUUUUGUAGUUUUCUUUUUCAAACUUGUGCCAUUGAACCAUUGUAUAGGCAAUAUCACUCUCGGAGUUGUGUGAUAUAGCUCUAUGUCAUUACGGCUAGGCCCGGAUUAACACACUGUAGUGCCUCAGGGUGACGACAUUUAAAGCCCCCCCCCCCCCAAAUACAACUCGCAUGCUAGUGCAACAUGAACAUGUCAUACUAAAUAUAUUUAUUUUGCAUCAUGUAUGAGGACUACAUGCAAACCCAGAUAGCAAGCAAUCUUUAAAACAAUGUUGAGUCAUUGUUGAUGUGUCAACGCUUAUUGCAGUGAAUAAAUGUUCAACCCCAAAUCAAUGGUAACAGUGUUGAAUCAACAUCACAAAGUGAUAUUUGUUCAAAAUCUGUUUG